AGCUAGCAUGCCUCAAACUGAAGUCACUUGAGUUGGAAGCGGUGUCUUGGCUAUGGUUGCUUUGACCCGUGUGCGUUUGAUUUGGCGACAUUUAAUCAACAACAGAAUGGGAGAUAUGUCCUCCAAAACGCAAAUGCCCACACCUGAAACUGCUCUACCAGGCAGAAAAGAUGUCAUGAAAGUUUCAGCCAAGCAUGAUGUCAACGGCAACAGGACAGUUCCGCCAUUUCCUGAGGGAAUGCAGAUGGUCAUGUUUGGUAUGGGCUGUUUCUGGGGGGCGGAGAGGAGGUUCUGGCAGCAGAAGGGUGUGUACUCCACCCAGGUGGGCUACUCAGGUGGCUACACCGCCAACGCCUCCUACGGCGACGUCUGCACAGGUAAAACUGGCCAUACUGAGGUGGUGCGGGUGGUCUUCCAUCCAGAGAACAUCACUCUUGGGAAUCUGCUGAAGGUCUUCUGGGAGAGCCAUGACCCCACUCAAGGCAUGCGGCAGGGCAACGAUGUGGGCACCACCUACCGCUCCGCCGUCUACACCUACACCCCUGAGCAGCUGCAGGAAGUCCAGGCCUCCAAAGACCAGUACCAGAAGGAGUUAGCGGAGGAGGGCUUCGGGGCCAUCACCACGGAGAUAGCCGAGGCCAAAGAGUUCUACUACGCCGAGGACUACCACCAGCAGUACCUCAGCAAGAACCCUGACGGCUACUGCGGAUUGUCCGGCACCGGGGUGUCCUGUCCAAUAGGAGUCCGCUCUUAGACGGGGCUCCACGGGCUAGCUUUUAGACAGAGUUGCCUUAAUCAGACACAUGAAAGCAUUUCAGAGAUUCAGGAUUUUUUUGUAGCAAGUUUCAUGUCUGACAGAUUCAGUGCUGUUCAUCUGCAAGCUUCAAGGAGUUUUAUUUCAAAUAUGAGUAUUAUGUAUUUUGAGCUAUAAUUGUGAGUAUGGUAAAAAUAAAGGAUACUUAUUACUUA